AUGGUUAUUUUAAGAAAUGAGGAAUCUUUUCCGUUAUCAACGUGUCAUAUUGAUAAUAAAAAAUUAUUUGUUUAUUUGGACGAGCUUCAUACUCGUGGAACUGAUCUAAAACUACCAUUAACUGCACAUGGCAUUGUAACACUUGGAAAAAACAUGAAAAAAGAUAAACUUAUGCAAGCAGUUAUGCGUCUUCGAGAUCUCGAUUUUAAACAAUCGAUUGUGUUAUGGGGUUCGAAAGAAAUUUCAGCAGAACUUGCAAUGAUAAAUGGAAUUCAAUUAAAUGACAUCACAAGCAAACAUGUUUUAACAUGGGUUACUUAUAAUACAAUUAAAAAGAAUGAAAAUGAUUUAUAUCCUGUAGUAAAAGAGAAAUUGAAGCGAGUAUUAGCUAUUGAUGCUGAUUAUGAUGGCGAACAAGAAAAUGAAAAACAGGUUGAAGAAAUGCAACGUGCACAAACUAUUCUUCUAAAAGAAAAAAAACCGGUACCCGAAACUGCAUGGAAUUUUAAUACGAUCUUUGAACAAAAUUUAAAAAUGAGUGGAUUACGAGGAGAAGAUGGUUAUCCAAAACUAAAAGAAUUAAGAAAGUGCUUUGACUUUACCGAUUUUGAUAAUUUGAAAAAUUCAAAAUGGCACAGUCAAGUCUUUGCAACAGAAAAUUUUAUCAAAACGAUUUGA